GUGGUGGAGCCGUACAACUCCAUCCUGACCACCCACACCACCCUGGAGCACUCGGACUGUUCCUUCAUGGUGGACAACGAAGCCAUCUACGACAUCUGCAACCGAAACCUGGACGUCGAACGCCCAACCUACACGAACCUCAACCGUCUCAUCGGGCAGAUUGUCUCCUCCAUCACUGCUUCUUUGAGAUUCGACGGGGCCCUGAACGUUGACCUCACCGAAUUCCAGACCAACCUGGUGCCGUACCCCCGCAUCCACUUCCCCCUGACCACGUACGCCCCCAUCAUCUCGGCCGAAAAAGCCUACCACGAGCAGCUCUCAGUGCCGGAGAUCACCAACGCCUGCUUUGAGUUCUCCAACCAGAUGGUCAAGUGCGACCCACGGCGGGGCAAAUACAUGGCGUGUUGCCUCUUGUACCGGGGAGACGUGGUGCCGAAGGACGUCAACGCGGCCAUCGCGGCCAUCAAAACCCGGCGGUCCAUCCAGUUUGUCGACUGGUGCCCGACCGGCUUCAAAGUGGGCAUCAACUACCAGGCACCCACCGUGGUGCCCGGAGGAGACCUGGCAAAAGUCCAGCGGGCCGUCUGUAUGCUCAGCAACACCACGGCGAUCGCCGAGGCCUGGGCCCGUCUGGACCACAAGUUCGACCUCAUGUACGCCAAGCGAGCUUUCAUCCACUGGUAUAUGGGCGAGGGCAUGGAGGAAGGAGAGUUUGCGGAAGCCCGAGAAGAUCUGGCGGCUCUGGAGAAGGAUUACGAAGAAGUCGGACAAGAUACGAGGCUUUGUAGAUCUGACGCCGAAGAUGACCAAGAAUACUGACCCCCUCUACCCAAGACUAUCCCGGCUUCUUCAGCCUAACCUGAUGAUGCAGGCGUAAACCAGCCAACAUGGUACAUCCUGGCUUGCUAGGAAUAUGGUUUGUUCCUUCCUUUCUAAGCACCUAAUAAAGUCAAUUUUGCAAUCUG